AUGAAGACGGUUAACGAAGUGGCUAAACAUUAUUUCGAUACUUUAAAUCCAUUAGCCGAACGUAUAAGCACGGAUAUAUUGAAUAUAAAAAAAAUCAAUCAAAAUCUAUGGAAUAAUUUGAGCGUCGAUGAACAAAAUCAAAUAAUAAAUGAAAAUCUUGUUUAUCCAGAAGCCAUACUUAAAUACGCUCUAAAUACGGAUCCGUGCCAACAAAAUAUAAAUAUUUCAUUGGAAGGAAACGUAACUGGAGCCAAAUACGUUGUUGAUGAAAACACGGGUGUAUCAUGGAGAGAUGAACAUUCUGCACCAUUUUCAUGGAAAACUCCUAGUCAAAUUGAUUUAACCAUAUUCACAUCAUCGAAUGGAGAUAAUGUGAUUACCAAUGGUGGUUUCAACAUUACCAAAACAAGGCAGACAUAUGUUGCAAAUGAAUUACAACAAUCUGACAAAAAUUUACAAUUAAAACUAGAUAAAUCUGAUACCGAUUUGAAAACAUUGAAUCUUUCUCCAGAAUCAGCGAAUGUUGUUUUAGUCGGAACAUGUUCCAAACUGAGCGGUUUUUGUUCGAAAUUGAAAUUCAUGCCUAGUAAAUCAUACAGCUACGAAGUACAAACGGUUUUGACGACUCCAACGGUUUCGUCGUCAAACGACACCGGAUUUUUAGAUAAGAUAAAAGCAAGCGCCGUUUUGAAAAUACAAAACACGUUAAAAUUUGUUGGGAGCAAAUCGUCGGAUUUGAAAAAAUCAUCGAACGCCAACGGCGUCAACGUCAACGGCGACAACGACACUCAAAAUUUAGUUCAAUUCAAAUGUCCAGCAACGAUUGUUAAAAUGAAUAAACCGUCGCCGAAAGUAUCGAAACCUAAAUCUCCUCCGCCACCGCCGCCCGUAUUAAAUUUACCAUUGAAAACGGAAACGGAAAAUUCGAAUGAUUCGAUAGUCAAAACGAUGAACGAAGAAGACAAUUGUUACGACGAAGUGGAUUCAGAAGAGAAAUCGUUAUUGGGUAACAACGAGUCGAGAAAAUCGUUGAACGUUUCAGAUUGUGAUAAAAACGAUUUCGAAUCGAACGUGAAACAUGAAAUAUCAGGAGAUUUGAAUAGUUUGAGCACGGAAUGCACUCCACUCAGCGGUCCUAACAUCGACAUAAUACCAAAAAGCGACUGGAUUGCCUGA